UUAAUAAUGUGGUAGGAUUGAUUUGAUUUCUUUCCUUCUUAACGUAGCCCGACUGGUUGCACGUGUUAUUAUUUAAAAAAUGGAUAAACCUGUAGUUCUUGCUCGUGUUAUUAAAGUUCUGGGUAGAACUGGAUCCCAGGGACAAUGUACGCAAGUGAAAGUAGAAUUCCUUGGGGAACAAAAUCGACAGAUUAUCAGGAACGUGAAAGGACCUGUAAGGGAAGGAGACAUUCUUACAUUGUUGGAAUCUGAACGUGAAGCUAGAAGAUUAAGAUAAUUAGGAAAAGCAAUCAGCAUGCUUCUCAGACUAAUAUUUUGAUUUUUUAUGUAAUAUAAGUACUACAAAACA